AUGCAGUACAACACCUGCAAGGCGCUUGAGGCCAACCGGGGCCUGGAUACCGCCGGAUCGACCGUUUUCUGCCCCAACGAUGGGGCGUUUGUCGAGUUUGCGCGCGACGUGGGGUUCAAGGGCGCCGACCCCGAGGCCCUGCUGCUGGUGAAGGUCCCCGCGGCCAGCCUCAAGGCGCUCCCUGCUUACGCUCAAGCGGGGCGCAGCAAGCUGCUCAUCGCCUACAACAUCGCCGACAUGGACGGCGCCCCCCACAACGACGACGCUGACUCAGACAACACCCAGAACGGCGACGUCGAUGUCGAGGGCACCGACCUCACGUUUGAUGGCACCUUCGUCAAGGGCACCUCCAAGUACGUCAUCCACCCUACCGGCCGCGUCAUCGUGCCCGCCAGCAAUCUGCAGCCCCUCCGCCUCGUGCGCGCCCAGGCCCUGGGCAUCCCCACCGGCCCCGCCGCCGCCGCCGCCGCCAUGACGCCCGCCGUGGCGGCCGCCAUCACCGCGGCGUCGGUCGCGGCGACGCAGGUGACGCUGUGCAAGCAGACCGUCGGCGUUGACCUGCAGGGCGCCACAGCCUUCCGCCCGACCAACGGGGUGGGUAGCAGGGGGCGCGGGCCUGAGGUCUGUGAGGCAGGGGGCUGGGAAAUGAACCAGUUUUCCAGCUGCUCAAGUGGCCCAAUAUUCUCUGAGCCUGCUGUAGGAUGA